AUGGCUACUCCGGCCACUGGCCAGCCUCCUCUUGAGGUUGGUCAGUGGUCAAACACUGCCUCACAGCCUCCCCAAUCCAUUACGAACCCCAAUCCAUUACAAAACUACACGCAAUUGCUUCAACCAAAAGCAUUAAAUACGCCCAUGCAAACCCUAGCCAAACUACCUCUCAAAACAAUUGAGUUUCUUCAUGGCGAGCCUGUUAUCAACUGGAAGAAGCAGGAGGUGAAACAAUCCAUCAUUCAACAAGGUUUACAAUUAGCUGUUCUUGGGAAAUUUCAUAUGAAAAACAUGCCAUCAGUGAAUUAUGCAAGGUUAUCACUUAUGGAGGAUUAUGUUCAUCUAUUGUCAAAGCAUGUCUUCUACUUAAAAGCUCAAGGAGAUAUGUGGCAGAUGAGAUGCACAAAGUGGAAUCCAUGGUGGAAGCCUGAUGAAAACACUCCAAUAGCAGUAGCAUGGAUCCGUUUUCCAGAAUUGCCACCUAAUUUCUUUGGUAAGGAAUGUAUUUUUUCAUUGGCAAGUGCAGUUGGGAAUCCUUUACAUGUUAAUCUUGCAACUCAAAAUGAUACUAGACCUAGUUGUGCUAAGGUGAAAGUUGAGGUUAAUUUAUUAUCUAAGUUUUCUCAACGUAUUAAACUAGUAGAGGAAGAGGAUGAGUUUGGGCUUGAGGAGUUCAAGUGGAUAAAGAUUAAGUACGAUUACAUACCCAAGUAUUGUAGUGCUUGCAAUAAACAAGGACAUAAUGAAUUGGAAUGCUCGGUAAUUGACCCGGAGUUGCACAAAACAUUUGAGGAAAGAGUUGAUGAUUGUGACAAAGACAAAGAAUUGGUUGGUAUGACAACUAAUACUACCAAGGUUUUAACUAGUGGAAAGGUGUUGGGAAAGUCCAAUGCUAAUCCAACAAAGCAAGAAUGGAUGCAAAUGAGGCAGAAUAAAUAUCAAAGAAAUAGAAGUGGCCAUAUUAUUGACAAUUCAAAGGAGAAAUAG